GGUAGCACUGCAGCUUGUGCCUUGGUUCUUCAACGCAGACAGGCGGUUGUUUGUAUUAUUUGUUCUACAUAUAUAGUAAUUAUUAUUGUACCUCCUUCAAUUUCAUUUAUUUUAUUACUAACGACAGAUAUAUUUCACAAUGAGCAAAGUCAGUAACUUUUCUGAAAACGAAGACGAUCCUGAAGUCUAUGAAAGCUCGGGUGAUGAAUGGAAUAGUAGUUCAGAGAAGAAAACUAAUAACAGACGGUCGUCUCAGAGACUGAGCAAAAAACCAAGAAUAUCAAUAGUAGAAGACGAAAGUACUUCGGAUUCGUCGGACGACGAACCAAGAAGAAGAAAACCCAAGAAUGGCAUGAACAAGAAACAGAAAGUAACAAAUACCAGUGCUAAUUCCACGUCCAACUCCAAUCCAAACAACACCACCUCCAAUACAAAUUCUAAUACAACUUCACCAUCUUCAGAUUCUGCUAAGCCCGUUUCUGCGACAGCGGCGACCGUGGUGGCACCCGUGUCUCGGGGCAUCCAUAGGAAGUUUAUACCCAAAACCAUCUUUUCAGAGGAUUAUGCGACGGGCUCAUUCGUGAUCCUCAAGAAGGACGCGCAAGUGGGAGAUCCAGCGAAACAUCCGUGUAUUUGGAGAAUAGACGGAAAAGCACUUCUUCAAAAGUAUGAAGCGUUCGAUGAAGAUGGCAAAGUUAGACAUAAGAAUACUUCAAUCUACACGGGAUGGUCCCCGAUGGACAAGGACCUGUACGCUCCCGUCACGGUGGACGUGAUCCACCACAACAACCAGAACCUUACCGUAGAGCUCCACUGGGACAAGUUAAAGGAGAUCAACAUGGACAGUGAUUAAUUCGAUGUAUUAAUUUUUUUUAUUUGUUUCAUUUUAUAAAACUAUUAAGGCUUAAAUUUUUUUAAGGAUUAAUGUAUUAUAAACAAAAAAGUUGCGUUAUGAAAUUAGUUAAAGUACUUUAUUUUAGACUCUAAUCCUCCACCGAUCGUUUCAAACCGUAUAAUCUCACUGUAAUCUUAAGGAAAUUGAAAUAAAUUUUAAUUUAGUACCACCUUUCAUUUGUGCGAGCGGGAAACCUUUUAGGGAUGACGAUAUUAGAUGUAAAAUGUUUAAAAUAAAUUUAUUGUAA